AAAAACUUGCAAAGUUAAUAUCUCUCAAAAAUUUUAUUAAAUUACAAGCAUUCUUAGAACUUGCAUCUUACUAUCAAAAGUUUAUUGAAAACUUUUCCAAAAAGGCUGCACCCUUAUUUAAAUUAUUACAAAAAGAUAUAAAGUUUACUAGAAUGAUGAACACCAACAAGUAUUUUACUGGCUCAAAUAUUAACUUACUUCUGCAUCAAUAUAACAAUAUCUAG